AUGUCUAACCGAGACUACCGAACGCAUUUCCGUCUCUAUCGGCGUUUGACGAAACGCGUCAGUUCGGCUUGCACUGCCUGCAUCCGGCCACAGCAUAAAUUGUUGGACCAACCGGUUGUGGAUCCGAUGAACAGCUUCGGACAAACAUCACUGACUAAUCGUUCGAUGGAAAUUGCAAAGCAACCCCUCGGAUCAAUCUUUCCAACGCUGGACGUUCGACCGCAACCGGCCGGUAUUGUGGCUUGCGAGGAUGAAGCUAUGCUUGUCCCGAUGGACGCAUGUGAAGAUCAAGAAAAUAUAAACAACACUUCCGGUUAG